AUGAAGUUUUCCAUUGUCCUUGCUGCCGCCGGUCUUGCUGCCGCUCAGCUUGACAUCUCCCAGAUCCCUUCGUGUGCUCUUGGCUGCCUCACUACGGCCGUGGCCUCGACCGGCUGCUCCCUCACCGACUUGUCGUGUCUCUGUGGCAAGAAGGACCAGCUCGAAUCGGCGUCCAAGCCCUGCAUUGAUUCGAAGUGCGACGCCGCCGAUAUUGCCAAGGCCCAAGGCCUCGCCAAUCAGCUCUGCGGCAGCUCCUCUGCUUCUGGCUCGGCCUCCUCUACCGGCUCCGGCUCGACCUCGGGUACCGCCGCUCCCACCACCACCAGCGCUACCAUCACCGGCACUGGCGUCGUCCCUCCCGCGACCACCGCCUCCACUGGCCGCAGCACCGCUCUGCCCGGCAACGGCACCUCCACCAGCCACGCCACCAGCAGCACCCGCUCCGGCUCUGGCACCGCCACCACCUCGGGCGCCCAGACCACCACCUCCGCCCCCGGCUCCAGCGGUGCCGCCGGCCCCGUUGCUGGUGCCCUCGCUGCCCUUGCUGCUGCCGUCUUUGCUCUGUAA